UCCUCAGCUGCCUGCCAGAUGUGGAGAGAGCCACGCUGACGCUUCUCCUGGACCACCUGCGCCUCGUUUCUUCCUUCCACACCCACAACCGCAUGACCCCGCAGAACUUGGCAGUGUGCUUCGGACCAGUGUUGUUGCCAGCAAGACAGACACCGGCUCGGCCGCGGCUCCGUAGCUCAGGCCCAGGCGUCACCAGCGCUGUGGACUUCAAGCGCCAUAUCGAAGUCCUGCAUUACCUGCUACAGUCUUGGCCAGAUACCCGCCGACCAUCAGAGGCCUCGGACGUAGCACCUUAUUUGCGACCCAAACGACAGCCACCUCUGCACUUGCCACUGGUGGGCCCCGAAGUGGUGACUCGGCCCAGAGGUCGCGGAGGCCCUGAAAGCCCCCCAAGCAACCGCUAUGCAGGCGACUGGAGUGUGUGUGGAAGAGACUUACUGCCGCAUGGACGGGACUUCCUGUCGGGGCCUGACUAUGACCACGUGACAGACAGUGAGGAAGAUGACGAUGAGACCGGAGAGCAGAGGGGCACUACUGACUUCGAAGAUGAGUUUGAUGCACCAUUCAACCCACACCUGAAUCUCAAAGACUUUGAUGCACUCAUCCUGGAUCUGGAGAGAGAACUCUCCAAGCAGAUCAAUGUGUGUCUAUGAGUCCUUGAAGCAGGUGCUGGACUCUGGCUAAUAAGGAAUUGCUUCCUGGUUGCUAAGGACCAGGUUCUGGUUACUGGUGACUGGAUUCCAAGUUACUAAGGCAGUGCCCUGAUGACCUAAAAGGAACUGACCAGAGUUGCUCAGGCUGAGCUCCUGUGCUAAGGAGUUGCCAAGGGACCAGCCUCCUAUGCUAAGAAUCAUUCCCAGCUUCUAGUGCCAUUGUUUGGGCCCUAGUUGCAAAGACCAGGCUCUUGGCAUUUUAAGCACUGAUGCCAUAGCCUCUCUCCUGAGCACCAGGGCUUCUCUUGCUGCCAGAGACAGUUCUGCUUGCUAGGCUGGCCUCUCUUGCCUCCCCCUUUGUAGGGGAACACCAAUUACUGUGAGCAUCACCCUGGGGUGUUGAGACAUCCCUAGUCAACCCUCUUGCUGCUGCCAACCAAACCAGUAUUAGCAUCAAGCACUACACUCUGUCUCUCUAAGGACAGUCAUGAGGUUCAUCUUAAGGGACAUGGCCCCAGACUUGGCCGCCAUCUGUGAAAGGGCAGCUUAGGCCUAUGGCAAAACAGCUGAUUUCCCCCAACCCUCUCUUCUAGGGAAGACCUCCAAAAUGAGCCUCCAACCAGAAAGUAGAGACAGAGUCCGACCCUUCCUUUCCCCAGCAGCCCUUUCCCACCCCUGAAAAACUGAGCACUUAACCCCUCCCCUUUGGAGGGACCCCACCUGAGGUAUCGGGUUGGGGGCACUUUUGGUACGGAAAAUAUUUAUUGCCUCCAUGCAUGUGUGUGUCUGUGUGAGGACUUGUGUGCACUGGCCUCUCUCGAGUGGGCAUGUGGAACUCUUUCAGGGACCAUAGAGUGGGAUAGUAUUUGCCAUCCCGGGUACCCCAAAAUUCCCAGAGAUCAAGUGGAAGAAUGAGGUCCCCUUCCAGUCUCCCAUUUCUUUUCCACUACUUCGACCAUUGUGGACAAUAAAUAAACCAGUAUACACAUGUUCCGUGACUGAGUCCUUGGGCUCAUGUGGCUAGGAGGUUUAUUCAGUCUGUAAGCGGGAGAAAGGUGUAUGGCUGAGCCUGUGGAAAGAGCUGCUCUCCAGGGUCACCAAGGUGUCUCUUUGAGCUUUGA